AUGAAGAUGACAGUUGCCAGAACUCUGAUCAUCGUGUCUCUAAUUGGAACACAGGUAUUAGGAUAUCCUCCGCAAGGGAGACUCAUGCCUGACGGAGCACCGGUUCCUGAGGAUGCAAUCGAACACGAGGAUUCCAUGGCGGCUGCUUCGAAGGUGGACGAAGAGUACGAGAACGACGACGAUUCCGACCUGUACAUGGAACCAGGAGCAACAGAGCCAGACGACGAAGACAAAGACGAAGAAAGUCAGAAGCAAUCGACCGAGGACGAGUCUGUCGAACAACCUGAAAAUAAAACAGUGUCAACAAGCAUCGUCCCAGCGAAUAACAGUUCCAAGGACCAGGACGCCCAAAACACCGACGAGGCCAGUCACUCGGAAACGCCCGAGUCCGAAAACAAGAGCUUGGAAACAGACAGUCAGAAUUUCUUCCCCUCAUUCGCGGAGCUGUUCGCGAAUCACAGACUGCCAUUCACGGAACAGCGAUACAGGCCCAACAGGUUCCUAGGAUACUUCCAGCGUGAUCGUAGCGGCUACCAGAGCGCAGCAGCGACCCCGAAGGACGUUCAACAUCCACUUUUAGGAUCCGGUAACUUCGGAGUGAUUCGAGGCGGCACGUACUAUCCGGAGGAAAAGGAAAACGACGAGUACUCGGCGGACGAUAGUCUCUACAAUCCCUACUAUCACGGCGGGAAUCGUGGCCGGGCAAACUAUUACAGGAACCCUAAACCGCAACCAGUUCGCGGCGGCGACUUCUUCGCGAACUUCCGCGACUUCGCCGACAUCACCGCCCCUCCCAAGUCCAGUUUCUCGCAUCUGUCGGUGGUUUACGCGAACAAAAACGGCAGCACGACCGGCCGUAUCACGGAGCCGAGGAACAUCAUCGAGACGCUGAGAAUGCUGGAGGAGGAGGGCCAGGUGAACUCUGAGGCGACCACCACGACGGAAGCGCCGAGGAAGAAGCAAAGCAAGGGCAAAAGGAAACUCAUUAAGAUAAAGCAAUACGAGGACGACAAGGCCAGGAGGUCUCGCAUGACCGUCGAGCCGUUGUUGGCCCUCAGCUGA